GAGAGCGAUGUUUACGAGUAGAGCUCGACUCUGAGAGAGACAGGGAGGCGGUGGGAGCUGAUUGCUACGUUCAGAAAAACACGGAGAAGAGCAGCAGCAACAGCGGCGGCGGCGGCGGCGGCUCAGCGUCAGUGCAGCUUUCUCUCGGUAUGAACUGCAGCCUGUAGCUCACCAGCACGCUGUACGCGUUAAAAUGACCAGUGCGGGUCACGCAGCCUUUCUCCUCAGCCUUGUUUUGGUGGUUUCUUCAUCACCAGUCGAAGACUGUAUAAAGGACUCCAAUGGCGUGGAGUACAGAGGAACCCAGCAGAAAUCUUCUUCAGGGAAGGUCUGCGUGAACUGGAACAACACAACCUAUGACGUCCAGAGCCACGCAGAUUCACACACAGGUGUUGGGGAUCAUAAUUUCUGUCGUAACCCUGACGGCUCGGACGGGCCCUGGUGCUAUGUUUUGGGAACAGAUGGGCAGCUCCAGAGAGAAGCGUGUGCCAUUGACUCAUGCCAAGAUGAAAGCUCGACAGAGGCAGCGACUGCAGCUGCGCUGGACCCUUCCCCAGUGCCCACCUCUGCCAGGACAGAGAUGUUUGAACAGGCGAAGUCCCUCCCUGCGCAGGCAGAGGGCGCAGCUGUGCAGCCAGUGAUGGGGGUCAGUCAGUGGGUCAGGACUGGACCCAAGAAGAAGAAAGACCUUGGCACUAUGGGUUAUGUUCUAGCCAUUUUCAUGAUGGGCAUCAUCAUCCUACUUGGAGUAGGAAUCACAUUGGGCUACUUUUGUAAACGGGGUCGAGACCUGAAGAAGCAGCACGAGCAGCGCGUGUAUGAGCGCGAGAUGCACCGCAUCACUCUCCCCCUCUCUGCCUUCGCCAACCCUACGUGCGAGCUGGUGGACGAGAACACCAUCGUUAUAACGGCUGAGCCCACUGAGCAGACGCCCACUCAGGACACUGUGGAGGGCGGAGACCCCCUGAUAAACCCAGCGGGAACCCCUGGAGCCUGAGAGAAACACCAUAUGGACAGCUUGAGAGAAAUGUGACUAUAGGACUGUGCAGCAUUUCAGACCAACACUCCAAUUACACACACUCUGUCACUCUCCUGGUCUUUAAAGUUCUUUCCAGAAAGAAGGGAAGCCUUUCAGAAAACAGCUGACAUCCAUUUCUCCUGAACUGAGGAGUGGAGGAUGCAAGAAGACACCGCUAAAGACAUGAGUAAGAGGGGAUGUAUAAAAGUGCAUGUCAGAGGUUCUUUUUUGAGAAGAAUUGCAUCCAAAAGUCCAGACUUACUCCGACAUAUUUCUGAAUUUAGUCAAUUCUGGGUAAGACUGCAAGUGUGCGGAUAUGUUUUUUAUCUUAGUGGGACAGGUAGUUGGUAACAGACUUCUUAGAUAUUUCAGAAGCAGCGUCAACAAUGCUUUGAACUACAUGCUUAGCCCAGUACUGCUUUGAUGUGGCAUUUGGAAAAGGGUGGGUUUAGGGUGCAUUUGUGGACUGAGGUCUUUUGCACUUUGUUUUUGAAAGUGUAUGAAUGCAUGAAUGCAAGUGUGAACCUUGGGACAGAGAACGCUUGCGUUCUCAGGCCACAGUAAUUCACCAGUCUUCAUGCGCUGGUUAAAGCAUCACAGUCCAUUAGCAAACAUGACACGCUCAUUUGAAGUGAAGCUGUGUUUAUUAAUCAAGUGUUUGACAAAAAGGAGGGAAAUUGCGUUCUUUUCCUGUCGUGUUCUGCUGUUGUUUUGUUCCAUUUUACUAAUGAGAGAGAAAGAAUGGAACAAACAGGGGCCUUUGUCCCUUUAUUCACCCAUAUUGCUCAGUGUCUGAGUGGCUGUGAGGCAUUUAGCAGUCUAAUAGCUAAUAUGCUUUCAUAGGCUCGCUCAACAAAUAACACAGUGUUAUUCACGAGGAAAGAGCUUAUUUUGGGUUUGAGGGCAAAGAGCAAACUCAUGCCAGGGUUUCCAUAGACAUGGCCUUAGUGUAGUCCUUAUGAAUGUAUCUCAGUCUCUGGAUGGUCCUGAGCUUGUAAGUGUGCUGUUGAUGUGGGUGUGAACAGAGAAAUGUCAUUGAGACACAAAGAAAGCGGGUCAGGACAGGUUGUUCACCAAAGCCAGUGAGAAAUAUACUGUGGCUCAGCAGCAGCUCUAUGUCCUCGACUUUGAAAUACGGCAAAGAUCCUCACAAUUUUUUUUGGUGUGGGGUGUUGGGGGUGGUGAACAUGGCCUUCAGUUAAAGCAUUUGCGGGCCAGGGAUGUUUUAUUUUACAUGGCUGGAAGAAUAAUACAUUCAUCAACAGCAUCCAAGCAGGAAAAAAAAAAAUAGAUGGACCUGUUAACAUUGUCAUUUUCACAAAUCCAUUUCAUAUCCUCCAUGAAAGAAGAUGGAAAGCCUGCAAUCUUGGAAUGCUGAUUUUUUCCCCUUCGUAAAACUAAAUGUGGAUGGUCUUGAUCGUCAGUCACUGGGGAGUAAUUUGGUUACUGUGGUUUUCAUUUUGCUAUGGCCUGGAAUUUGUAUUCUAUUUUUUUCUCUCUGCACUUGAGUUGAUGAACCAGAGUACACCUGCAUAUAGUUUUGAAAGAACUUGUAUUUUUAUGUUUGGCAGAUUUUUCCUGCUGUGACUGAGGGGAAAAAAAAAAAAAAAAAAAAACUCUAAAAUG